AUGUCUCUUCAAGACAAAGUCGUCCUCAUCACCGGCGCCUCCAACGGCAUUGGCAAGGCCACUGCCGAACGCCUCUACAAAGAAGGCGCCCGGAUUGUCAUCAACUACCUCAGCGACACCGCCUCAGCAAACGCCAUGGUCGAGUCCUUCGGCCCAGACCGCGCCAUUGCCGUCCAGGCCGACGCGGGCAACAUCGACGACCUGAGCCGCCUGGUUGACGCUGCUGUGACCAAAUUCGGCCGCAUCGACACCAUCGUGGCCAGCGCCGGCAUCAUGCCGAUGCGCGACGUCGAAAAUACCACCGAGGACGACUUCGCAAAGUGCUUCGACCUCAACGUCAAGGGCCCUUACUUCUUGGUCCAGAAGGCGCUCCCCCACAUGCCUCCCGGAUCUCGCAUCAUCUUCAUCUCUACGGGCAUCUGCCACUUUUCAAUGGCGCCGGCCGGGUAUCUCCUCUACGCUGCCACAAAGGGCGCCAUAGAGCAGAUGACUCGUGUCAUGGCCAAGGGAUUGGCUUCCAAGGGCAUCGUUGUCAACGCCGUGGCUCCUGGCCCCACGGGCACUGAUCUCUUCUACAAGGGCAAGCCGGAGAGCUUGGUGUCUGCCAUCAAGAGCUGGAGUCCCUUUAACCGACUGGGCGAGGCUGAGGAAAUCGCCAACACGAUCAAGUUCCUGGCCAGCGGCGAGAGCUCAUGGGUCGUGGGCCAGACGGUGCUGGUGAAUGGCGGUGCGAUGCUGUAA